GUUCUCACCUUUACGAGCAUCAGUUCAGACACCUGCAGCAUCCAGUCACCUGGGAAACAAGCAGCUUCGGGACUUCAGUGGAUUUUUUUUUAAUCUUUGACCUAAAACCAAAAACCGGACCAACAAGCAGAAAUGGGAAAAGUUUUGUUUGCUAUCGUUGCAGUUCUUGCAUCUUUGGCUCUGGUGGAGUCCCUGUCCUGCAACAACUGCCCCUUUGGUUUGAAGGUCCUCUGUCUUUUUAAAAAAAAUGAGACCUGCGCAAAUGAAACCGCCAGCGUCUGUUACACUGGAACUGCAACUUUCCCAUCCGUCUCAAGCUUCAGUGGCUUCAUCACUCAGGGCUGCAGGGACAACAACACGGGCUGUGAAACAACCACCACUUCAAGUCUGCUGGGCGUCACUUACUCCACCUCAAUUUCUUGCUGCACAACAAACAACUGCAACUCCUACACCAGCGCAGCCAGUACCACUGCCAAGAUGACUUUCACUGGUGUCGUAGGUGCAGCCAUCCUGGCCUCUGUGUUGGGAAGCAUCAUGUAACAAAACGCCAAAAAUAUCAUCAAAUCCUUUGAUGAAUGAAGAUUUUUGUGUUGAAGUAAUCAAAUUCUCUACUAAAAGCAACACUUUACUCACUUACAUAUAGUCAGAUGUUCUCAAAUAAAGUUUUCAGAAGUUCACGUCAUGGAAGUUGAACAAUGGGAUGUUCCUGGGAAACAUUGAGCUCGUAAAUCUUUCAUGACGAUGAUCUUUAUUUUGCCUGUUUAACAUGUAUUUAUCUUUCUAAAUUCAUUGUACCUUCUUGGACAAACACAGCCGAAAUAAAUAAAGAUAUACAAAUUUGA